AUGCCUUCUCAUUUCGAUACUUUGCAAUUGCACGCCGGCCAGGAAGAUUUUAAAGAAAAUGCACACAAUCCAAGAGCCGUGCCAAUUUACGCUACUACGUCGUACGUUUUCAAUGAUUCCAAACACGGGGCUCAACUGUUUGGGCUAGAAACCCCGGGCUACAUGUACUCACGUAUUGUGAACCCCACAAACGAUGUGCUUGAAAAGAGAAUCGCCGCCCUUGAAGGUGGUGCCGCUGCUCUCGUGGUUUCGUCGGGUCAGGCCGCCCAGACCCUUGCAAUUACGGGGCUUGCCCACGCCGGUGACAAUAUCGUCUCGACUUCGUUCCUGUACGGAGGCACGUACAAUCAGUUCAAAGUGGCCUUUAAGAGAUUAGGCAUCGAGACGAGAUUCGUCAACGGUGACAAUCCUGAAGACUUCGAGAAGUACUUUGACGAAAAGACCAAAGCCGUGUAUCUGGAGACUAUUGGGAACCCCAAGUACAACGUUCCAGACUUCGAGAAGAUUGUUGCUGUUGCUCACAAACACGGAAUCCCUGUUGUUGUCGACAACACAUUUGGUGCAGGUGGAUUUUUCGCCCAACCGAUCAAAUUUGGUGCAGAUAUUGUGACCCAUUCUGCUACCAAAUGGAUUGGUGGACACGGUACCACCAUUGCCGGUGCUAUUGUCGAUUCUGGUAAAUUCCCAUGGAAAGAGUACCCGGAGAAGUUCCCACAAUUCUCGAAGCCAUCGGAGGGUUAUCAUGGCCUCAUUUUCAACGACGCCUUGGGAUCGCUGGCGUACAUCGGCCAUGUCCGUGUCGAGCUUUUGAGAGAUCUGGGUCCCGCUUUGAGUCCAUUUGCAUCGUUCCAGAUCCUCCAAGGAAUCGAGACUCUGUCCCUGAGGGCUGAAAGACACGGUCAAAAUGCUUUGAAGUUGGCACAAUGGCUAGAAUCGUCGCCCUUCGUCUCUUGGGUAUCUUAUCCAGGUCUUGCUUCUCACGCUUACCAUGAAAACGCUAAGAAAUACUUGCAAAACGGUUUUGGAGGCGUGCUUUCUUUUGGCGUUAAAGAUUUGCCUAAUGCAGGCGGAGAGACUGAUCCUUUCAAGGCUUCGGGCGCCCAAGUCGUCGAUUCCUUGAAAAUCGCUUCUAAUUUGGCUAACGUUGGUGAUUCUAAAACCUUAGUUAUCGCACCUUACUUCACUACGCAUCAGCAAUUGACUGAGGAAGAGAAGCUGGCUUCUGGUGUUACUAAAGACUUGAUUCGUUGUUCCGUGGGCACUGAAUUUAUUGACGAUAUUAUCAGCGAUUUCGAGCAAGCGUUCGAAAAGGUUUUCCAAGGCCGGAAACCUUAA